CGUCAAACGGAAAUCUGUAGCUCCAAUUCUUUCUAGAAUUCUGUAGCACUCUCCAGCCCGCUGUCUUCAGGGAGGUUCAUCUGAGUUUGUCUACAUCUAACACAGCAAUAAUCUCUUCUAAAGAAACAAAUACGUAUUUCUGCGCAGUGCGGCGAUUUUGCGGUCUGUCCUCGUUUCAAUCAAACUUGUUAGCUUCUCAUACCUCACGAACGUAGCCGAAGCCUAUUGUAAGCUAACGGUGUUAGCUUUGGGGUCUUGGUGUCAGGAUGUCCAGGAUAGAUUACAGCGUGUGGGACCACAUUGAGGUGUCGGACGAUGAGGAUGACACCCAUCCAAACAUCGACACACCCAGCCUCUUCAGAUGGAGACACCAGGCUCGUGUGGAGCGGAUGGAGGAAUUUCAGAAGAAAGGUGAAGAACUAAACAAGGGACUGUCCGAGUGCAGACGCAAGCUGGCAGACACACAGAAGAAAAUCAAGGAGCUGACCAUUUCAACGUCAGAGGACGCCAAAGCAGAGUUGAGCAAAGUUCAGGCUGAGGAGAAGAAACUGAAAAAAGAGGAACGGGAUUGGGAGAGAAAGGUGGGAGACUACCAACGGGAGGAGAAGAAGAUGCCAUGGAAUGUAGACACGCUCAGCAAGGAUGGGUUCAGCAAGAGUAUUGUUAAUGUCAAACCUGAAACUGAAGAGACCGAAGAAGAGAAGGAGCAAAAGCACAAAACAUUUGUGGAGAAAUAUGAGAAAGAGAUCAAACAUUUCGGCAUGUUGCGACGUUGGGAUGACAGCCAGAAGUACCUCUCUGACCAUCCUCAUCUGGUAUGCGAAGAGACUGCCAACUACCUGGUUAUCAUGUGCAUCGACCUUGAAGUUGAGGAGAAACACGCAUUGAUGGAGCAAGUGGCUCAUCAGACCAUCGUCAUGCAGUUCAUUCUGGAGCUUGCCAAAAGCCUCAAAGUUGACCCCCGUGGAUGCUUUCGCCAGUUUUUUGCAAAGAUUAAAACAGCAGAUCAGCAGUACCAGGAAGCUUUCAAUGAUGAGUUGGAGUCAUUCAAGGAACGCGUUCGGGGAAGGGCGAAGAUCCGGAUAGAAAAGGCUAUGAAGGAAUAUGAGGAAGAGGAACGACAGAAGCGCCUUGGACCUGGAGGGCUUGAUCCCGUUGACGUCUAUGAGUCACUUCCACCUGAGAUGCAGAAAUGCUUUGAUGAGAAGGACAUCCAAAUGCUGCAAGAGGUUAUUAGCAAAAUGGAUCCGACGGAGGCAAAGGCUCACAUGAAGAGGUGCAUAGACUCUGGGCUCUGGGUACCCAACGCCAAGGGAGACGACGGGGAAGAAAAAGGGGAAGAAAAAGGGGACGAAAAAGACGACGAGCCCACCUACGAAGAGAUCCAACACGAGAAGGAAGAAGCCAAAAAGGAAUGACCACAUUUGAAUUGUGAUUUGUUUUUGUUUUUUUGGCAGAUGUAAUUACCCCACUGUAUUUCAACUUCACUAUGUGUAUGUUUAGUUUGCCAACCAAUGACACAACUUUUCAAAAAUAUUUAGCUGACAUUUAAGGGAUUAGUGUUCACUUAACUCCACAGCAACAUUACGUCAACAACUGCUGCCUGGAAAAGAAACUGCCGCUUCUGUGUGUGUGUGUGUGUGUGUGUGUGUGUGUGUGUUAUUUGUUUGAAUCUCACUGAAGUUUUGUUCUUUGAGUUAUUCGUAUGUAUGCAGACAUGCCUGCCUGCUUUGUUUGUGUUGGUCGUGAUGAUUUUGUACUUUUCAAAUUCCAAUUUUUCUUUGACAUUUUUGGCUUGAGCAGCCAGUGUAUUAUUUUCCCAAAUUGCAUUUUCUACAAACGUACUAAUCUAAACGUUCACUCCUUGAGACUAGCGUUUGUGGUUGUUUUGAUUGUAUGGGUAAGCUCAGAGAGGUCAAACAUGUGAGUCAAAAGCAGAUGAGACCUGUAGUGGCGUUAACCCUGAUGACUUUGUUGUCACUUUUAGUACGUCACAAACAUGAAGACGAUGACUACAACAAUCACGACUUUAAAACACAAAACUUUUCAUUUCAGGCCUGACACUCACACUGGCUACACAUAUACUGUAACUAAUUUACAGCCUAACGAAAAGGAGUUAAAAGUUCCUCAGGUUUAGCAUUUCCUUAUGGGGUCAAUUGACAGAUCAUAUGUUCUAAUAGUGAAAUUCGCACAGUAGUGCAUGCCAGUUAGGCAUGUUUGGAAUCUACAUUCACUUUCUGUGCUGUCAUUUUGAAGGUGACUAGUACUUGGGCUUUUGCAUGAUGUCAGAACUUGUUUUACAAAUAAACUAAUUGCAAUGGCUUAUAAAAGGCAUUUUUUAACUUUCUUGGACAUUAAUAAAUGAAACUUCUCAAUGAACAAAAUUUACCCCAACAAAUAUUUAUUUUUCAUUGAAAGCCAAUUUUAAGCUUGGGCAAAAAUAACUCUAAUGAAUACAAAAUGCAUUUCUUAAAUGAUUUCAUUUAUUAAGGGAAAAAACUACCAGGCCCUGUGAAAGAGAAAUUGCCCGCUCUUAUUAAAUCAUGAGUUGAUUGGGAGUUUCAUUACUCCCUGACCUGUUGAAUCGAGAGCUCACUUAUAUAGAACCUGUCUGACAAACAGCAACACGUCAAACCACGAUGUAAAGAAACUUGAGAACAGAUAAGAAGAAGUCGUUGACGCCUAUCAAUCUGGAAAGGGUUACAAAACCAUUUCUAAGGCUUUAUAAAGAAGUGCAGGCCUCUCUUGUCUCAGCGAAGAUCAAAGUUUAUGAUAAAAAUGUUUUGGGGGGUUUUUUUCCAUAUUUUUUGGACUGAUUAAACAGAAGUCAAACUUC